AUGAUAGCGCACUCCUAAUGAACAGUACGAGCAGACGACACACCAAUCAAUACUUUCGACAGCUGCGGCGCGGGUCCCGCUCUACCCACGGUUUAAUAAAGAUUCCUCGCCCGGUCCAGAGGUUAUUUCAACAGGGAAACCUGGUCGCCCAAGGGUGCCUAGCUCUCUGAUUUGCCAAAAGAGAAAAGCCUUUUCAAAAGUCUAAUCUCAGUUCCUUUGGAUGGGUUAUUGAAUUGUUCCGUUGUGGCUACACAGAAGACCGCGGAGGUGGUUGUAUGCUCAGAGAAGGAUUUUAUUGCAUUGGCGGACAGUUCAGUAAACUUGUAGAGAUACUUCAAAAGUUUGGAGCACGCUUUCACGGAGCGAGGCGACUAUCACUCUCCCAUUGGAAGUCUAAAAACAGUUGCACUGGCUCAUGGAUACUUGCGUUUUGAGCUGUCGCUACUUGAAGUGGAGUAUGAACUAGGAGGAGACGUAAAUGAGGCGAGAGAAUGGAUGUUUUGAACUUGGGACUUCUUAUGACAGCUAUGCACAUUAUUGAUGAUGUAGCCAGCGCUACUACAGACGAGGUGACAGAGCCGUGUCUGUCGCUGAGGAACAAGCUGGGCGUGUAUACUGCCCCUGUCGAACACCUGGAGGUACGACUGCCUUCAGAGGACCGAUUCAACCUUAAGCCUGUCUGCAGACUGUAUGGGGAUUACACAAGUUGCAUGGAACCGCAUCAAGAAAACAUCACCCAAGAUAUCCAACAAAGGCAGCAAAACCUUGACGCCGUAUUUCAUCCUCUGUGUAAGGAGCAUUUCAAACGCUAUAUGGGGCAUUACGACUGCUAUAGAAGGAUGAGAAAAUACUAUGGCAACUGCCGCCGGAAACGUCAAAGUAAACUACCGUUAGGAGCCAGGACUCCGCGUGGCCACUUCUGGUGCAGGAUAACGAACGACUAUGUAACCUGUAUGUACAGCGUCACAGCUUUAGGAUGUUCCAUCGACGCUGCUCACACGUAUCUUGUUCUCGUCAACGGCACAUUGACGUCACUUCCUCACACAGGACCCGUAUGUACACUGAAAAAUCCAUUGGACAUAUUGAAAACCACAACUACACAGAAUCCAGUGACGUCACCACACUAUCUACUUCGGUUGUCCUCGCCAUAUUCCGGAAGAUACCCAGCUGCAAGGUCAUGGGCGACACAAAGUUGUGAAUAUCAGCUGUCUUUAAGUAUAUUCUGCUGCUUGGUAGUAUAUAUCCUCAGGAACUGUCGUUAGAAAAUCUACCUGUGCAUGGUUUAUAUAUAUAUAUGUAUAAAUGAGAAUGACAUUCUGUGUUCAACAUGGACUUCCAAACUGGUUGCAAUCAUACAAAGAAAAACAAUCGGACUCGACAUUCGGAUUCCCUCGGUCUUUUCUGACAAUGCCCAUGUUCGUACGUCACAAUGCCGCAGUAGAGCGUACGAUACAUGCGUUUAUCUCAUACGAAUCUGUUUCAUGAAUACGGUGUUGGUUUAGGCACUUGCGGCCUAGCCCUAACGUAGCUGACUCAUGUUAUAAUGCUGGGUUUUAUUUAGACACAGCAACAAGAACCACGAUACAUAUGCAUUGUUAAUUGUUGAGUGAGUGGGAUUAACGCCGACUUAUAUUACUGACAGUCAGAUCUAAAUGACGUCGUAAAACCUCACAACGCGUUUAAGGCACUAACGAACCAAGGAUCAUAAACAGUGACAAUCUGGCUUUCUGCGGAUCCUGGCAUAACAAAGAGGACACAACUCGAUGUACAGAUCUUCUACCACCUGUCAACGCGUACCCUCAUUAUAAAGGAGAUGAGGAGCUUGAGGUUCCAUCUUUCGGAGGAGAUUCGUAGAUGGGCAUCUUCCGGAAUCAUGUACCCCCCCAAAAAGGGAGGUUAAGACUUAAUUGAACACGAGCAGAUGACAGAGUUGUUCUGUCAUAAAUAUAGGCUUGUAGUACAGCUAUUGAAGGGACAAAAACAAAUAACAAUAGAUACAAAAUUAAUAAUAACCGUCCUUUCUCGUCACGUAACGAAAUAAUGUAACCAUAAUAUGUGGUACCGCUACUCAUGGAGGGAGGGAAAACAUUAUUUUAUUAUUAUGAUUGUAAAUAUCAUUGUUAUUAUCAGAAUCUGGUAACACUUGCUGUUACUCGGGUUGUUAUUUGUUUGACUCUAGUCGUUCUUUCUACGUUGAUACAGGAACCGCUGAUAUGGUUGCAUUGUUGUGUUCUGUAUCUGAUAAAUCGACUCCCGUUAUCUCGCAUGUAUGCACGUCUCGAGGUUGCCUGUGAUAUGUACUACACUGGGACAUAACUUCGGAACAAACCGCUCGUCAAAAACAACGUCAUUCACCAAGGACUUGCAAAAUAUUUACUUUGACUGUGGGGUUGGUAGAAUUGUUAAUAGCGGAAUAACCAUGCCGAAGACCUCCUUAGGGGCCUACCGUUUGAUAUUAUGGAAGGUAACGGUGGAGGUCGGCUGUAACAAUAAUCUGUUCGCCAAAUCCUGGAAAAAAAUAAUUUGUCAUCCUUAUUUGGAUCCGUAAUAGGUUUGCUGGAUGUUCUGAUGAUUAAUGUGCUGUGGUCAUCCUGUCAGAGAAACAAACUGAUAUUUUGAAGCGAUAUCCCCGCAACUACAGUUAGUUCUCUUACCAUUGACGCCUAAAAUGGCCUCUAUAUUAAUAUAAUAUGUGUGUUUAUCGUAAAUGUAAUCCUCAGGAAUAUUCUCAUUCGCAUAAAAACAAAGCCUUAAAAAACCCGGACCUCCAGAAGCUUCAAAAUCAUCCAAACAUACAACGACAACGCUUGGUGUCCAGGAGAUAUCUUACAAGUAAAAACGAGGAUCAUGACAUUUUCAAAGUGUGCCACGACUUAUCAGGUAACUAGGUAACGAGGCACUUGCAUCUUCGGGUCGACUAUCAUAAAGAAUAUUUCUUAAACCAGCAAGUGGUCGAAAAUGCCAUUGGCACACUCUAAUGCCAAGUGUUAAUGACCACCAAUUCCCAUACAAGGUGACAUCACUCCACGUGACCAACUCAUGAUGGGCACUUCCGGUGGAAGUGACCCUUGGAUGAAGCAGGUCAUGGCAACAAGUUUCGAGAUAACGGAAGUUCGACAUGUAUCAGAAGCCUUUGCCUACCGAUGUUGUUGUGUUGUUGUUAUAUUCUCGUUUAUACAACUGUGUGUUCCAAACCAUGUGAUACACCUUUACAGAAUCUAUUCAUUCAAAUGUUCAUGUUAGAGUUUUAAUAAUUACAUAGUUAGAGUGGUUAGUGAUUUACAGCUUGUACGUAGAGGAGGCUCAUAUGUUUCAUCAGUAAUAAUCGCAACUCAUAUUAUAGAGGAAAUGAUAGAGUUUGCAAAACCCCAUCUGUAACCCCAGCGACGACAUUCCUUCAAUACAUUCAAAAUCGUUUCAACCAUAAAGAUAAAUGGUGUAUGCAUCAUUGAGCUUGAUUAUAUGCAGAGUCUAUGGUACAUUGCCCUUUCCCUCAUCCAUGCGUUGUAGAAGGAAGCGUGUUGCAAGCAUUGUGUAUAGAAGGAUGAAGAGACCUGUGGCAAUGUUUGUCACACUAUAUGUAUUGUUAUUAUGUCUACUAACUGUAGCAAGUGUUCGUGUAUAUUUUAGUAAAGAGUGUCAGUUA